AUGAUCCGCACACAUAUCGCCACGAAACGGCAUCGGGACGCAGCAAGUAAAGCGGAAGAGGGAUUUGAAUCCGAAUCGAAGAUAGAUGAUUCCUCUCUACAAGACAAUGUAAAUGAGGCUGAACUUAAAAUCUGCGCAUGGGCUUUGGAAAACAACGUGUAUUUUACUGCAGUUGACAAGCUCACUGACCUGUUGAGAGGACUCACCAUAGAUUCUAAGCUCUUGCAAAAGCUAAAGUUGGGAAGAACCAAAACGGCGUCAGUUGUUGAGUCGGUUAUUGCUGCGACUCAAUAUGAUGAACUGGUCGAACAAACGAGAAGUGAUAUUUUCUCCAUUAUCGUCGAUGAGUCUACCGAUUUUAGCAGCAAUAAAACGCUUGCAAUUGUUGUCCGGGUAAUGGAUAAGGUAUCUUUUUGUGCCAAAGACCGAUUUUACACUGCGAUAGAAAUUGAGUGUGCAGACCAUACGACACUGCAUUCGGUUAUAGUUUCGGAGUUUGAGAGAGACAACAUCAAUUACAAAAAGAAUCUUAGAGGAUUUGCAUCAGACGGAGCAUCUGUUAUGAUGGGUCGGAACAACUCAGUGAUGCGUUUGUUCAAAAAAGAAUGCCCGAACAUGAUAUCUAUAAAGUGUACCUGCCAUUCACUUGCCUUGUGUGCUAGCUAUGCUUGCGAAAAGGUUCCAUCAUACGAUGAACAACUGAUGCGUGAUAUAUAUAACUAUUUAUCAAGCAGUACUAAACGAUCAAAAGAGUUUAAAAAAAUACAGGAUAUUGUAGACCUCAAACCGUUGAAGGUUCUUCAUCCAUCCGCCACUAGAUGGCUUUCUUUGGAAGCUGUCAUUAAUCGAAACAUGGAAAGAUUCGACGAACUAAAGUUUUUCUUCUCGUUCCAAGUAAAAUAUAACCACAACCCAACGGCAAAUCGCAUUUUAACUCAUCUCAAUGAUCCUAUGACGAAACCGAUUAUGCUUUUCCUUAAUUAUAUAUUACCACUCAUCAACAACGCUAACCGAACUUUUCAGUCAGAUAAUUGUCAGUUUUUUGAAAUAUACGAGACAAAAACUAUGUUGGCUUUGAUUUUGGGCAACUUGUGUAAAGAGAAUUAUGUUCAGCGGUUUACUGGCGAUGAUGUGGAUGUUACUGAUUUUGAAUUAUUUUUGAAAAAACCUGAAGACGUUUACGUCGGUAUUAACGCCGAGGAAGCAGAGGAAGCUUUGGGAAAUGCUGUUCAAUUAACAUUUAAAUCAAUUUGUCGCGAUUUUUAUAUCGAGUUGACCAAACAGAUUUUAAAACGAUUUGACUUCAAGGAUCCUGUAAUUAAAACAGCCGCAUUAAUAAACCCUGGAACUUUCAUUAAGCUACCAAACCUAAACGGAUUAAUGCGGCAAUUUCCAAGCUUUCUCGAGGGGAUUGAUAGGCAAGAAUUGGACAAUGAAUUUAGACGACUGAAAAUCAAUCUCACACAAGAUAAAACGAUGGAGAUGAAUACAACCUGGCCUCAGUUAUUGGAUACUAAAAGACGCGAUGGUUUGUUCUUAUAUCCAAUGUUACGAUGCUUCGUGCGAAUAUUUUUGAUUAUUCCACAUUCUUCGGCAUGUGUGGAGAGAAUUUUUUCGCCAUACAACGCUAACAAAUCGAAAGCUAGAAACCGAUUGGCUUCCCAUACGAUGGAUGCAAUUCUGAAGGCAAAAACCUAUGUUAUGAACCAAGGAGGUGCAAAUAACAUAAAACUUACAAAAUCAAUGAAAGUUGUGAAAAUGGUAUCGGAGCAAAAGGAGCAACAGAGCACAAUUUUACUCAGGCAUCGCGAAAAUCCAAACUACUUACACGCCAAGUUGGCGAAAUUGUUGAAUAUGAUCAAAUCGAUGCGGGGUCAUUAG